AUGUCCAAGGACAUUGGAGAGUACAUCGGGUCCAGUGAUCUGGAUAAUUUUCACCGCACACGGAGAUAUCGCGGUGAGCUCAGCGCGAUUUUGGAGCUCGAUAUCCCGCUGGACAACAUUUUCCAUCCUCGCCCCCAGCUUGUAACUUGGAGAAACGAACUGAGCGACAAAUUCAAUCGUUGCUGGGCAAUAUUGGGCUAUGUCUCGUGGAUACCCUACCUAAAAUCCUGGGAAACGGCUCUGGGAUUUUUCGCAUCGUCAAAAAGCAAGGCGAUCAUUUACGACAGCGGAAUACCGACAAAACCGAAACCACGACCCAACCACCUGACACUAUCUCAGCAAUGUCCCAUUUCAUCCCUCGAGCGAAGAAUUAAAGCCCCUAUUCCUUUGCAAGUCAAGGUAGCCUGGGACAGGAACGACAACACACACAGAAACAUGAAUCUGUGUCGGGUCCUCACAGCUGUCGCACGUGACGGGAAGGUGCUCCCCCAGAGAGAUCAAAUGAUGACACAAGACCCUCGGGCAUGCAGAACAGGCGCAUCUUUUCGGGAUCUCAUUCGACAUAUGAUGUGUUGUGGUGGUUAUGGAUUGAACUUGUGUGACAUGAAGCUGUCGUAUUGCGCGGAAACAGAAAAUUGUUAUUAUGAGAUCGACGCUUUCCGAACUCAGUGGAAGGUACUGCAAGGAAUAUUUUCAGACGCUGCAAACUCGAAUUUUGUGAUUUGGGUACUUCUGGAUGUCCACGAUUACCGAAAUGGGGAGAUCUAUGAGACGACUGAACUACCACCAGUGUAUUGA